AUGGCUUCCUCAUCAUCACGUUCGCCAUCGCCACCAGCGGUUGCUGCUGCCGCCGAUGCGAAUGGAACAAGGGAAUUAGAGGUGUCCCUUGCUCCGGCGGGGCUGAUGAAGAAGGACUGUAUGUGGUUGGCGGUGUCGGUGCAGGAAGGUUUUCGCUACAUCAAGGCUUUCUUCGUGGGCCAGGCAAAGAAGUUGACCGCGAAGAGCGAGGAGGCGGCGGCGGCGGCGGAACUUCAGACUUCCAAGAUGCAGGUUGAAGCUGCGGAUGAGGCUGAGACUGCCAAGAAAAAGCUUCAAGGGAGUUGA